UGAAUUGCAUGGUCCAAGGCAAAAUAAGGGAGAUUGGUACCAUUACAUGAGUGAAGGAGCAAAAACAAUUCACAAGGCAAAUCCACAGGUACUGGUGGUUGUGUCAGGUUUGAAUUAUGAUACAGAGUUUCAGUUUCUAAAGAGAAAACCUCUUAAGUUAAACAUAGGCAAAAAAUUGGUGUAUGAGACACAUUUGUAUUCUUGGUCUGGGGUUGGAAUACUCAACUUGAAAGAAACUUGGACUAUGCAACCAUUAAACAAGAUUUGUGCUAAUAGUCUUGAAGCAUUGGAUAAUCAAGUAGGGUUUCUAAGAAGUGGUAGUGAUGCAGCUCCUUUAAUCUUUAGUGAGUUUGGAUUUGAUGAAAGUGGUUCUAAUGAAGAAGACAAUAAUUUCUUGACUUGCCUUCAAACCUACCUAGUUGGGAAUGACUUGGAUUGGGGCUUGUGGGCAUUUCAAGGUAGCUAUUACCUAAGAGAUGAUAAAGCUCAAGUUGAUGAGAAUUUUGGGUUAAUGGAUUCCUCUUGGACUCAUCUUAGAUACCCAAAUUUCAAUGAGAAGUUCCAACUUUUGAUAAGGAAGAAUCAAGAUCCUACUUCCAAGGUCUCCAAUAAUGAAUCUAUCUUGUAUUACCCUUUAAGUGGUCAAUGUGUAAAAGUGAAUGGAAGGAAUGAACUUGAAGUGAGUAGCUGUGAAACAAAAGAUAGAUGGAUUCAUGAUGGAGAUGGGGGUAAUAUCAAUUUAGUAAAAACUAACAAGUGCCUAACUUCAAAUGGUGAAGGAUUUCCAGUCACACUCUCAAAUGAUUGUAAAAGCAAGAAUAGUUCUUGGAUAUUUGUAUCACCUUCCAAGCUUCAUUUGGCCACAACAAAUAUUCAAAGUGAUGGGGAAUACUUGUGUUUGCAAAAGGAUUCAAACUCACCCACAAUUUUGACCUCAAAAUGUAUAUGCAUAGAAGAUGAUGAUGAUUCUACUUGUUUAAAUAAUCCACAAAGUCAAUGGUUCCAGCUUGUUCCCACCAAUAAUAACGUUCAACCUUCCACACAAGCCAUGUUCUCCCAACCCAAAAUGAGGGACAGGAAUAUAAAGAUAUCUUCAUAUGCUUCAAAACUAUGCAAGAGUCAAAGCCUUGUCCGAAAGUUUAGUCAAACUGUAGGUUUAAUAGUCUUUUUCUUCACUCUUCUUUUCUAAAUAGAAGUGUUUUUUGAGCGCUAAAUCUUUUUCUUAAUUAGCACCAAGGUAGUGUGGAUUGUAAUUUUUCUUAUAAAGAUAGGCCAGUACUUACAAAUUACUAAUGUAUAUAGAAACAGAAAUUAGACACGUUUGGUGUGUGGAAAAAUAUUUUAUUCAAAUAAAAAAUAGUGGAACCUUAUAAAGUG